AAUUAGUUUGGAAUCAGACGUAGCCUAUGGAAACGUAAUUUACACUUUUACUUUUAUUUUCAAAGAAAUUGGGAAAUUUUUAAACUUUUUAUUGCACAAACAAUAUAAAUACACAAACUCAUAUUUACAGCCUAUGGCAUCGCACUAAUAAUGUAAACUCAUAUAACAGAGUCCUCUAUUAUGCCAUGAUCUCCGUGAGCUAACAAAACAAUCAAGCAUGGUCAUAUAUGAAGAAUCACUCUGAUUGACAGCUAUGCUUGCGUGUGCAUCACGUGCGCAAUGACCGUAUGACCGCCAGACCCCAGUACUCUUAUUUCGGUAAUUAGCAUCUCUGUGGCCAUAAUGAUCUAUUCUUUGCUUCGUUUCUUUGAUGCCUUGCUUGUCUGUUUGCUCUUUGGUUUAUGAGUCGAAAAAGCUUGCCGUCAGAAAGGCGCCCCCAACAUGCUGCUUUUCCAGCAGGUCUGUCUUUCCCUCGGGACGCAGUGACAUGAGAGCAGGACCUCGGUUCUGAUUAAGAAGGGGGAUGAACAGCUCUCCGCCUGGAUUACGGUUGCGAAAGGUCAUUUGGAGGUUCGGAAUUGCCAUCUGCCUCUGCCUGAGGCCUAGAAGACUGGCAAUGAUGGUGACAAGCUACCAUAGAAUGAUGCAGAGUUGUGAAGCCAUAUUAUGUCAUUAAACUACAUCAAAAACUUUUAUGAAGGAUGUCUCAGGCCUCCGACAGUGAUAGGCCAGUUCCACACGCUGUUUUUUGGCUCUGUGCGUACAUUUUUCCUUGGGGUCCUUGGAUUCGCUGUUUAUGGCAAUGAGGCCCUCCACUUCAGCUGUGAUCCGGACAAAAGGGAAAUAAACCUUUACUGUUACAACCAGUUCAGACCUAUAACACCUCAGGUAUUCUGGGCGUUGCAGCUAGUCACUGUCUUGGUACCUGGAGCUGUGUUUCAUCUUUAUGCUGCCUGUAAAGAUAUAGACCAGGAGGAGAUCCUUCAGCGGCCAGUGUCCACAGUCUUCUACAUUAUCUCUGUCCUGUUGAGAAUAAUUCUGGAAGUCUUAGCAUUUUGGCUUCAGAGCCACCUUUUUGGGUUCCUGGUUGAUCCUAUUUAUAUGUGCGAUGCCAGUGCCCUUGCAAAGAUCUUCAACAUCUCGAAGUGUAUGGUCCCUGAACACUUUGAGAAGACUAUCUUCCUCAGUGCGAUGUACACCUUCACCAUCAUCACCAUACUCCUCUGUAUCGCUGAGAUUUUUGAGAUUCUGUUCCGAAGACUUGGUUAUUUAAACCAGCCAGUGACUUGAGAAUUUAGGAAGUGUUUUUUAAGAGUGAUGCUUCAGCAGUGUUUGUUUUAUGUCUUCUAUGGGUCUCUGAAUGACAGAUAGGACAUAAACCCACAUACCUCUGCAUUUUCUGGUGGUAGACACAGAAAUACAUGCUUUUUUAAAACAAGACAGCUUAUCAUUCCUUUUCUGGAAUAAUCAAAACAAAACAAGCCUAAUUAAUGGCAAGGGACUCAUUAAUCUUUUUAGCUUUUCAGAUUUUUUAAGCCUAAAAAACACCUCUCUAGCAGGAGACACUUUUUUUUUAAACUUGUGUAAUCUAAACCAAACCCACAUAAAUAUUUUGUAGGUAAUUAUUAUCUUUGCUAUAAUAUUUUCAGAUUUCGAUAUUGAAGUACUACACAAAUUGCAAGUACUAUUUUGACAAAUAUUGUUUGAUUUAAAUUUCAUUCUUCUUAAGGAAGAAUAAGUACAUGCAACAGUGCAUCAGUUUCUAAAAACAUUAUUGAAUGGUCCACGGUACCUAGUUACAAUCAUGCACAUAGAUAGUAUAUUCAUGAUGCUGUUGAUUUCCAUAUAGUUUUGUGUCCAUUAUCUUGUGUGUUUGUAGUAUCUGUAUCUGUACAUUUUUAUCAGGCAUCCAUCCAACUUUUGUUAUUAUUCUCAGCCAAGUGUUUCAUCUCAGGUACAAAAUGGCAUACUGUGAUCUCUUAUUUUGUGUCAGCAGGUAACUAUUUAUUAUGAGAAUACUAUUUAUGCAUAAAUGAAACAUCUGAGGAGAUCUGACAGCAGGUCUGGCCUGCACAUCUUCCCACAGUUGCCUUCCAACUGUUUCAACACCACAGCUGUUUGAGUAAUAGCUUUUGUACUAUGUGUAGAGAGUUGAUCAUUUAUAUUGGUUUUUGAUCAAUGUCUGUGGGAUUUAUGAUAUGAUUAUGCAUGAAAAUCAUCAUAUAGAUAUAAUAAUUGGUGCAAAUUUUAUGACCGCCAUAAUGUAUUAUCAGUCUAGGUCAGAAUAAACAGAACUGCUUGUGAAUCCUUGGCACUCUGUCAGAUACAAUGCUUUCCUAAUGU